CCCGCUCUCCCGGCCUCGCUCGCGCGCUGGGGUAAAGAUGGAGGAGUACGCGCGGGAGCCGUGCCCCUGGCGAAUCGUGGAUGACUGUGGCGGCGCCUUCACCAUGGGCACCAUCGGGGGCGGUGUCUUCCAGGCCGUCAAGGGCUUCCGCAACUCUCCCGUGGGCGUGAACCACAGACUGCGAGGGAGUUUGACAGCCAUCAAAACCCGGGCCCCGCAGCUGGGAGGGAGCUUUGCCGUCUGGGGAGGCCUGUUCUCUAUGAUCGACUGCAGCCUGGUUCAGGUCCGUGGGAAGGAGGACCCUUGGAACUCCAUCACGAGUGGGGCCCUCACGGGAGCCAUCCUGGCCGCCAGAAAUGGACCGGUGGCCAUGGUCGGCUCGGCCGCGAUGGGCGGCAUCCUCCUGGCGCUAAUCGAAGGGGCCGGCAUCUUGCUGACGAGGUUUGCCUCUGCGCAGUUCCCCAAUGGUCCUCAGUUUGCCGAAGACCCCUCGCAGCUCCCUCCAGCCCAGCUGCCAGCCUCGCCUUUCGGAGACUACCGGCAGUACCAGUAGGGCGUCCCCGGCAGGGCGCGCGGGAGUCGGGAGCGCGGACCAUCGCGCUGCAGGCUGUUUCUAAGCCAUCGGUGGGACAGCUGUGGCCGCACGGGCUGCCAAGAGACAUUAGCACUUUUUCUAUUUAAAGGAGCGUGGGGCGGGGGUCUCGAAAGAGAAUCCACUUAUUUAUUCGCCUGUGGGUUGCAUUUACGAUCAGAGCAAAUGGCACCGUCUUGAAGGAAAACGGCCGGUGCCGAGAAGACGGGGGACCGCAGGCCGACAGCGGAGACCGGCCGUCCUUGCUCGGGGCUGCCGCCCGGCUGUGUGUUCUGCUAGUCAAACAAUAAAACUCCUGGAGCCUGCUCCUUCUCUUAAGAUAA